AUGGGUGCCACUCAUCUUUGGGAGAUUGUGCAGCCUGCAUGUCAGGUGCGGUCGCUAUCACAGCUGACUGUGAGUGAAGGAUUUGAAGAAGAUCGGAACAGCCGCCACACCAUCGUGGUUGGUGUCGAUGCAAGUAUCUGGUUGCACCAGACUCAAGCUGUCUUCCACCAUGCCCGCCACUCUCAAGCCGGCGAAAACCCCAAGCUUCGAAUUCUCUUCUACAAGCUCAACCGCCUCCUGGAUCAAUGCCUCGAUGUUGUUGUUGUUUUCGAUGGUAAUGAACGGCCUGCAACCAAACACCAGGCUCCUGCUGAAGCGGAGGCAGAGCUUGCUUUUCUGAAUAGGAUGGGCAUCAUUGAUGUUGUAAUGACAGAUGAUAGUGAUGCCCUCAUCUUUGGUGCUGUUCAUGUCAUGUGGAACCUGAACAUCAAGAAGGAUAAGGACAAUGUCACCAUCUACAGUGCUCAGUCUAUCAAGAGCACAGCUGGCAUCAACUUAACGCAGGGUGGGUUGCUCUUGAUUGCUAUUAUUUGUGGUGGAGAUUAUGACAAGGCUGGACUACUGGGUUGUGGAAAGGUCGUAGCACACGGACUUGCACAGACUACCUUGGGUGACACCCUUUUGGAGGCUGGUAGAGAUAUGUCUGAGGCAGAACUGGUGAACUUUCUAGUCCAGUGGCGCAAAUUGCUGAGAGUUGAGCUAUUGACGAAUAAACACGGCUUUUUGAAAUGCCAAUACCCCUCUGUUGUAAAUGCCAUCCACCCAGACUUUCCAGAUCCAUCGGUUGUGCUGAAGUACACACAACCUAUUACUUCUUGGUCCCAUGGAAGGCCACUACCUCCAUUUUCUACUUGGUUUACCCAUGAACCUGACCUUGCUCAACUGGGUGCUCUUGCGGAGCGAUCAUUCUCUUGGCCACCUGACAAAAUUGUGGAGAAAUUUCGCAAGCGGAUAUGGGCUGGUGUUUGCCUUCACCGCCUUCUAGAAGAGAAAAGCCCGCUCCUUGCUCUUGUUGACCAUGUAGUGCACGGCAUUGUCACCGAUGGCUUGCCAGGCCUCUCAGCCUUUCGCCAGAUCUGCGGAGUCAACAGCAGCUCACUCACAUCAACGAUUCCUUUCUAUGCCAUUGAGAUUUUGGAGAACAACCUUUUGAAGAAAGCCACAUCCACACUCCAGAACAACACCGAUGUUCCGAUGGCCAGGAAGAUUGCAGUCAAACUUCCAGUUUCUAUUGUGCGCCGCAUCCUCCCUGGCCUCCACUGGAAAAAGCCACUACCACCUGACCUUCAACUCAAAGAGUGGGAACUGAUCCUAAAGCCUAUGGAUCCAAUCAUUAAUAUCAAGAACACCGCGGAUGUGCCUGACACUCCUUAUCCUUGCUUGAUCACUGAUCAUGUUGGUCGCAUGGCCGAUGAUGCAGAUGAUCUCCAUGCCACUUCCUCUUCUUCACACAAACUACCACCGCCUGUUGCUUUGCAGGAAAACAUGACUGGCAAUCUAGGCCUCUCGCAUUCUCGUGGACGCCUGAUUUCUGAUUUUCUUCACCUUACCAAUGAUUACACAGACUUCAACCUCACCGGCAGUGAUAAUCUACUCUUUGACCUCACUGAUACAGUCCUUGAUCUCACCAACGAUCUCACUGACAGUGAUACACGCCCUGCUCCCAUAACCUCCGGCAGACUCUUCACUGAUGAAGUCAUUGAUCUUACUAUUGAUGACUGA